UCUAAAUUUAUAUCCUAAAUCGAUUUUCUUCUUCAUCUUCUUCCGAGCUCCAGAUAAUUGCUAUCGAUGGCGGAUCAGAGCCCUAAGCAGCUGCAGUUUUUCGUGAGGCUACUCAACGGAAAAUCCCUAACCCUAUCUUUCCCCUCUCCGUUAGCCUAUGGAGUUCAGAUCAAGCAGCGGAUCUUCGAGCAUACGAAGAUCCCGACGCAUCUACAUCGUCUGAUACACGGAGGACAUCAGAUCUCCGACGAAUCCGCAGUUUCUCAGCCCGAUUCCACCGUGAACCUCGUCCUCUCCCUCCGCGGAGGCAAGGGAGGGUUCGGAUCGCUGCUCCGUGGCGCGGCGACGAAAGCAGGGCAGAAGAAGACGAACAACUUCGACGCGUGUAGGGACAUGAGUGGGCGGAGGCUGAGGCACGUGAACGCGGAGAAGAGGCUGGAGGAGUGGAUGGAAGGCGAAGAGGAGAGGAAGCUUGAGAAGUUGGCUCAUGAGUUUCUGAAGAAGCAGGCGACUAAAGUGAAGGAAGGAGUUGGCAACGGAGCGACUCAGAAGUACGUUAAGAAGUAUAAGGAGGAGUCUGAUAAGUGUAUUGAGGCGGUUGAUUUGGCGUUGCAAGAGUCUUUUAAGAACGGGAAGAGGAAGGUUUAUGCUGAAUCUGAAAAGUCUAAGAGACUCAAGAUAUGGAAGGGAAAGAGAGCUGUUGGAGAUAGUGACAGUGAUGAUAGCAGCGACGAGGAGGAUGAGGAAUCUAUUGUUUUAAACAAUGGUAACCAAGUUGUUCCGGAUAAGGGUACUGGUGAAAGCUCGGGCUCGGUUAUGGAUGGAGGUAAAGCUUCCAGCAGUAGCGGUUCAGAGGAAGAGAAAGACAUUGUGGUGAACCUAAGCUCAGAUGUACCUAAGGGAGAGAUCACCGGUGUUCAAGUGAUGAUUAAUGAAGAAAAGAUGGAUGAUUCUCCUGUUGUUCAAACUGAAAAGGAGGAGAAUUCAAGUGGAGACGUAGAGAAGAAUAUGCUCGAAGCAGCUUCUGAAACGGCAGUUAGUUCUGUGCCUGCUAAGAAUCAAGGUAAUAAUGAUUCUCAAGUAAAGACAGUAGGAGAUGCGGGAGAAACAGAGUCUGCUGAUGCAGCAGCAGUGUGUUGCAAACCUGUGGAACCGCUUAACUUUGAUGACUUCAACUCGGCAAAAGAUAUGGAGGUUAUGGGGAUGGAGAGAUUAAAGACGGAACUUCAGUCUCGUGGACUGAAAUGCGGAGGGACAUUGUCAGAGAGGGCUGCGAGGCUGUUCCUGCUUAAAUCUACACCAAUCGAUAAGCUCCCGAAGAAAUUGCUGGCCAAGAAAUGAUUUAGUAAACUAAAUGCGUCUCAAAAACUUCCUACUAUCGUUUUCAAGCUCUCUGUUUGUUUGUAGUAUUUGACACAAUCUACAUGUGUAAUAUAUAAAGAUUUAAGCUUCAAGCUUUUUCAGUAAUCCAACAAUGUUUUAUCUA